GUGACUGUUUCGAUAAAUACUCACGAUGUUCCUGAAUGACCUGCACAUACCGAGUCGGUUGAUGGUGCAACCAAGGAUGGAAACACGUGCUCGAAGGGCUUCCAGGAUCGCUCUCUAAAUGGAAAGUGUAUGCUGGUGGACAGCGCGACUUGUUGUGCUUGUAACCAAGGAAUGGAAAACUGACAUUACUGAAUGUGAGAACGGAUUCAAAGAUUGCCAUGGCAACUUAUCCUGCGUCAAUGUGCCAGGAAGCUUUUAUUGUCAUUGUCAAGAAGGAUUUGCUGGAAGAGGAAAGCACUGCGAAGAUGUAAACGAAUGCGCCGGUCAAAAGUCGACUGGGACGUCGAAUCGACCAAGACGAAUGUUCGACAGAGUUUGGAAACUGUACAGUAAACGCCAAGUGUAUAAAUACAGAGGGAUCUUUCUACUGUGA